UAUCAGAGCUCAGUAGGGGUGGAGGCCAAGCAGUUAAAUGUGCUUGCUUCCAGUGCAGGAGGUUCCUUGUUCACAACCCACCACUGCCCAUUCACGUAAUACUGAGUUGCCUCACAAAGGGUAUCUGGUGUAAAACUUGUGCCACAUCGACAUGCAGAUCUGCUGUGGUGACCCUGAACCACCCGAGCGGCUUCCAGCUGUCCGCACACUUGGAAGACGUGAAUGAUACUUUUUAAAUGGUGUUGAGUGGACUGAGAUCUGUUGUCACAGCUUGUAUCAGUUUGCGCGCACACAACAUAAAAUGCACAUGUUUUUACAUAUUCAAAAGUCUGCAAUAUCAACUUGAAUUUGAAUGGCAAAUCACGCGUUGCAGAGUUUGGCGAGUCCCACGUGAUUUGCAUGGUGGCACUGAGGUCACGUGUUGCGCGCCGGCUGCAGGUGCGUGUUUACGCAGCCUGAGGAAACGCAUUGUUGGAGUGUCAGGGCGUUUCUGCGCGCACGUACAAAGUCAGCAGCAGCAGCAGCAGCAUCCUGCCGGGAUAUGAACCCAACAUGAAUCUGACCCACAGGCUCGGCGGCUGCGCGCUCCUCUUCUUCGUGGCCGUGCUCUUUGACCUGCUCGGGCUCGUCCUCCUGUUCGUCGGAAUAUUCGCCAGCUUGCGCCUCGACGGCCGCUUUUACGGCGACUUUUUGAUUUACACGGGCGCACUAAUCGUCUUCCUGAGCCUGGCGUGCUGGAUCCUGUGGUACUCAGGAAACAUCCAGGUGCCGGAGGACGCCCAAAAAAAGAAGAGGAGCAGCUUGGCCCAGCUGGCCAGGAAGUUAUCGGAGAGGUUAAACCAGGAGUUCCAAGAGCAGAACCGCGCCAAGUGCAUCGAGAACGAGGACUGCAGCCAUGCGCGCACGGACGUGCGUAACGGCAGCGGCGCCUACCUGAAUGAAGGCUACGACGCCAGCCUGGACCCCUCCGAGGAGGACAGCAAGGAGGGAGGAAAGGCAGACAGCUGAUCCGCCCUGGAUAGAAAUAUUCCGCCCUGGUGAUCAGUCACAACGUCUGUUUAUUGACUUUGUUCUUGGUCCUGCAGCCAAGAUCAUCACCUUCAGAACCACAUCGACAGUUCGAGUCCGUGCGUUUCUUUCACUCUUGAUUUUUUUGGCAGGUAGAAUAAAUCCUGUGUGUUUGACAGAAACAUGAUCAAGUGCAGUGAUGUCCUGUUUGUCUUUGAUUGGCUGCUAAAGCAACAAAAGUACUGGUUAGACGGGUUUGUCCCCGAGAUGCUGCUGCGGGCCAAACAAACCUGAAAUCCUCCACCCAGAACUCAGGAUCCUGAUCUGCGGCACUGUGCAUGCAAUAAGUGAACUUACUGCUCAUUUCGAUCUCUGAGGACAAAAUACAGUGUUGGAGUAGAAAACA